AUGUUGGCUAGGUUAGACGCCCAGAGCCCACUUGCCAACGAUGCACUGUUCGAUCAAGCACUGUUGCUUGCCUUCCAGGCAAAGAAUGCCCUGAUGCGCCACAGAGGGUAUGCCCCGGAGCAGAUAGUGUUAGGCAAGUCCUUGCGGGUUCCUGGUAGCCUCACGUCAGAUGAAGACUUAACAUCUCAUGCGCUUGUAGAGGGAUCCGACCUGGAAGCCGAACUCCACAGGCAACGACUUGAUGUCCGCUGCCGUGCCCGACAGGUUUUCUGGGAAGCUGAUAAUAGUCAGACCAUCCGUCGAGCACUUCUCCGCCGAAGUAAUCCAGUUCGGGGUCCCUAUAAGCCUGGAGACUGGGUGUUAUACUGGAUGCGUAAAGGGUCUCCAAAUCGCCUAGCUGCUGGCCGAUGGCAUGGACCAGCCCGUGUUAUUUCCCAGGAGGGCCAAUCAAUCACGUGGAUUUCCCACGGUUCGAUCAUCCUGCGAUGUGCCCCAGAGAACCUUCGACCUGCCAGUUUGCGCGAAUGGCAGCAGUUGAGCACAGCAGAUUUUUCCGAUCCUCAUAAGAAUGCUGGAGGAGCGAGCUCCUUUGUAGAUUUGACCGGAAAUGAAUCGAGUGCUCCUGUCACCAAUGCGCCUGCACCUGCAAGCUCCAGCGGAGACCUCUUGGUUCCUUUGCCUACCCCAGUGCCCAGCGUAUCUAAUCCUGCGACAAACCCAAUUCCUGAUGAUGACCUGAUUCAGCCCGAACAAGAGCUGACUCCCCAGGUCUCCGGUAAUCCUGAUCCACCAACCGACAAUCGUGAAGUCGAGCGCGAGGUUGAGCGACAGCCUGACCACGCUGCACCUUCUAUAGUUCUAAACGAUAAUCCAAAUGCUUCUGUUACUCCCGCUGAUCCUCUGCCGAGCGAUGUUCCAGUACCCGACUCCGAUGAAGGUCUUCUGACUGAGGCCAUGGCCUGUACUCUAGUACCUGAGGAAUUGCCUGAAGAGUCUGUGCUGCUCUCCACUGAAGCGUGUGAUGGAGACCUUCAUACUUUCACGACUGUCCUGUCAGGCACGUCUGCCUGUGGUCCUCCUUUGGCCGAGGAUAAUCUGCCAUAUGUUGAACAGCCCUUGCAGUGUUCAGAGCAGCAAGCCUUCUGCUUGGAAAUUCCCAUGAAGGCCAAGGACCUACGGAGAUGGGCUCAAGAGCGAGCUCCGGAACAGCUUUCUUAUCUUGCCACUGUGGGCAAGAGAGCGAGAGCUGAGGUACAUGUGAAGGACCUCUCGGCUGCUGAGCUCCAGCUCUUCAAUCAAGCUAAACAAAAGGAAAUUCAGUGUUGGAUUCAAACUUCAGCCAUAAAAUCAGUCCUUCGCCAGCGCCUGAAUCCCGAACAAAUUUUACGUAGCCGUUGGAUCUUAACUUGGAAGAAUCCUGAGCCCGGAGACACCCAGCGUAAAGCCAAAGCGAGACUAGUGGUCCUAGGCUACCAAGACCCAAAGUUAGUGGAUGUUUCUCGGGAUGCUCCCACGUUGUCAAAGGAGGGUCGUGCUUUGGUCCUGCAAACCAUAGCCUCCAAAAGGUUCGAGCUGAGUUCUUUCGACAUAAAGACAGCUUUCUUGCGUGGUAAGGCCGAUGAAAACAAUCCUUUAGCCAUGGAUCCUCCCAAGGAACUUCGCGAAGCCCUACAGUUAAAGGACAAUGAGGUGUGCCAACUGUUGGGCAAUGCGUAUGGAAGGGUAGACGCCCCCUUAUUGUUCUAUAAGGAGCUUAGCAAACAGCUACUAGAGUUGGGCUUUGUGCGACAUCCCUUAGAGCCAUGUGUGUUUCUGCUUUACACCGGCUCGGUGCUCAAUGGGAUUCUGGGAGUCCAUGUGGAUGAUGGGGUUUGCGGGGGCGAUGCAGUGUUUAGCCAAAAGAUACAAUCCUUGCAGACUAAACUUCCUUUUGGCAGCCGCAAACACCGCAACUUCGUUUUCACUGGCAUCCAUCUUGAGCAAUUUCCGGAUUUCUCUAUCCGAGCCUCUCAGGGUGAGUACGUUAAGAACAUCCCCCAACUGGACAUAGGACGUGCCCGUAGGAUGCAACCUGCUGCACCCGUCACGGAAAAUGAAAGAUCCCGUCUUAGAGGUAUCAUUGGCAGCCUCCAGUACGCAGUAACACACACCCGACCCGACAUGGCGGCGAAGCUUGGUGAAUUGCAGACGCAAGUCACAACAGCAACUGUGCAGACGUUGCUACUUGCCAACAAGGUUCUGCGCGAGACCCAAGAGCAAGCCGAUGCAUAUGCGAUGUCAAAGGCAGUUGACAUGUUAGGCUGGAUGCGUGCUCUGUGGGGCGUGGUUCAUGUGCCUGAGUUUCGCUGGCAGAGCCCUGAGGAAAGUUAUAAGAAACUUAAGAAGGCAAUCAUCGUGACUGAUUGCAAGUCACUAUUCGAUCUUGUAACACGCUUGGCGAUGCCCGCAUGCGAAGAGCACAGGACUACGCUUGAGGUGCUGUUAAUCAAGCAAAGGUGUUCUGAGAACGCCAGCUUUCGCUGGAUUCCGACAACACUCCAGGCUGCAGAUUGUCUGACAAAGGCCAUGGACGCCACCUUGUUGCGUACAGUGUUGGCUCAAGGCCGCUUCAAACUUUACGACACAACUCAAGCCCUGGAGAAGGAUGCACAGAGAAAGCAAGCCAUUGCUUGGUUAUCACAGCCCGAUCUGCCGUUGGACAUGUACAUCUCGAUUGCUCUCUGGCCCAAGGACCAGAGGCUUUCGAACAAGGACAAGGACACCAUGCGAAUCCUCCUUUUUCAGGAGGAUUACGUGGCUGUGGGUUUGGAGAUUGAUGUGCAGGCUGCCCCUAGCUCCGAAUCAUGCACACUGGUGCUGUCAGAGACUUCGUUCCCGGACGUGGUGCGCUUCCAUCGAGGAGCUGAGUUCGUGCAGCUGUGCCUGAGUCCGGACCCGGACCAGGAGACCGCGGACUCUCAGGAAUGCUUCGAUUGGGACUGGCCGGAAGAGGACGCGGAGGUUUGGACGGAACGCAUCAGCGGAAGUCUGCAGGAGCUGCUCGGCGGAGAUGGAAAAGAGUCGCAGCUUGCAGCGCAAUGCCUGGCCGAAUGGGCAGAGACCAGGUGCGACGCGAGGCCCGCAUUGGCCACAGUCCUAUCCGCAAAUUUGGAGUUUUCCGUGUUCUUGCAAGCAACUUGCCAAGAAGCUUGCACAUCCCCGGCGGCUCUUGCAGUGGCAUACCCCUUGGCCAUGUGCUUAAAGUUUGCUUCAGCCGCCCCUGGCGCCUCUCAGGCCAGACUGGUUCGAAUGAUGCAGACAGCGCUGGAGACAUUCGAGCUGCCGGUCCUCCUUGCCCACACAUUCUCGGACUCGCUUGCUUCGAUUGGCGUGAUGCGUGAAGCGAGCCGAUGUACCGAUGCCUCCACCACGGACACCGAAGGUCUUCCAGACGAGCUGUCUGGUUGA